UCAUGCAAAGAGCAGGUGAACCUAUGCAGUGCACAUGCAAAGCAGGAUGAGAAGCCGACUGGUCACAUAUGCUGUGUCUAUGCUGUGAUGUCAUCUGCCGGAAGAUGCAGGUUCGUGCGCUGACUGUAUUCCAGUGAAAGGCGUUUGACAGCUUGUCGUAAUAAAGGAAAUGGGAGCGAAGCGAUUGCAUUACUCAUCUCCAUGGAGCGCCAUAUAAUGCGGCAACCCUCAAACAACAUGUUUUAGAGGAAAAUGGUGCCCAGUUCAACGAGUGGUUAAUAACAGACAGCCUAAUUCUUUCCCCAUUACAAUCGCUAUACUGAGAGCUUCGACCUUGCUUGCUUGGUGUGGCCAUGAAUCCGGCGGAACAAACGGUUACUUGGCUUAUUACGCUCGGGGUUUUGGAAUCACCAAAAAAGACCAUUUCGGACCCCGAUGGAUUUCUGCAGUCUUCGCUAAGGGAUGGGGUCGUCCUGUGCAGGCUGCUGGAGCGGCUGCGUCCAGGCACUACUGAUAAAAUCUAUCAGGAUCCCAAGAACGACAGCGAGUGCUUGAGCAACAUCACGGAGUUUCUCAAGGGCUGCGCGGUGUUUCGCGUCGAGCCUUUUGAGGCUGGUGACCUGUUUCAGGGCCACAACUUCAGCAGAGUCCUCACUACACUGGUUGUCCUCAAUAAAGUCACUGCAGAUAUUGGCAUAGACAGCGACUCUGUAUGUACCCGUCACUCUUCUGCCCAUCGGAUCAAGUCCUUCGAAUCACUGGCCUCCCAGUCCUCACUGGGCCGAUCCUCUAAAUUGCUCCAUAACCAGUUCCGCAGCCUUGUGAGUAACACUGGGGACAUGACGGAGAACAGUAACGCUCAGUUAGUGGUUAAAGCUCGCUUCAACUUCCAGCAGACCAAUGAGGAUGAGCUUUCUUUCAGUAAGGGUGACAUCAUCAACGUUACUCGCACGGAAGAAGGGGGUUGGUGGGAAGGAUCCCUCAACGGCAAGACAGGCUGGUUUCCAAGUAAUUAUGUCCGAGAGGUUAAAGGGUCUGACAAACAAGUGUCCCCUAAAUCUGGAACUCUUAAAAGCCCUCCCAAAGGUUUUGAUACCACAUCUAUCAGUAAAACCUACUACAACCUGGUGCUACAGAACAUUCUAGAAACUGAAACUGAAUAUUCAAAGGAGCUCCAGAACCUUUUGACUAACUAUCUGAGACCUCUACAGAUGACAGACAAACUGAGUCCCUCAGAUGUAAGUGUCAUUCUCGGGAACCUGGAGGAAAUCAGCACUUUCCAGCAGACUCUGGUCCAGUCACUGGAGGACACUACCAAGCUUCCAGAGCUACAGCAGAGAGUGGGAGGGUUCUUCCUGAAUCUCAUGCCCCAGAUGAGGUCUCUUUACGUGUCUUACUGCUCUAACCACCCAUCGGCAGUCAGUAUUCUCACCGAUCACAGUGAGGAGCUCGGGGAGUUCAUGGAGGGGAGGGGUGCGUCGAUACCAGGCAUUCUCACGCUCACCUCUGGCCUCAGCAAACCCUUCAUGAGACUUGACAAAUAUCCCACGUUACUUAAGGAACUGGAGAGACACAUGGAGGAGGGUCAUCCAGACAGGACUGAAAUUCAGAAAUGUAUGACGGCUUUCAAGAAUCUCUCUGCACAAUGUCAGGAGGUGCGGAAGCGCAAGGAGCUUGAGCUUCAGAUCCUGGUUGAGACGAUUCGCCUGUGGGAGGGGGAAGACAUCAAGACCCUGGGUUCAGUGCUGUAUAUGAGUCAGGCCAUGGUCCAGAACCACGGCUGUGAGGAUAAGCAUGAGCGUUACCUUCUGCUGUUUCCUCAUGUUUUGCUCAUCCUGUCUGCUAGUCCCAGGAUGAGUGGCUUCAUCUACCAGGGCAAGCUACCUUUGAGCGGGAUGACGGUGACCCCAUUAGAAGACUGUGAAAGUCAUAAAAAUGCUUUUGAGCUCUCAGGAAGCAGGUUUGAGAGACUUCAGGUGAUCUGCUAUAACAAACAGGAUCUGCAGGACUGGCUCGAGCAUCUGAACCGACAGACCAAGCACAACACCAUGGCGGCUCCCAGCAUGAAACCCCUCAAUGUUCCCUGCCACACACUCCCGUCUCACCCUCUGACGCCGUCCAGACAUGCAGAAAGCCGGGGCCUGACAGUUGCUCCUGCCUACCACACCUUACCACACCCCUCCUCUCAUGGGGCCCCUCACAGCACCAUGAUGUGGGGCCCCCUGGAGCCCCCUAAAACCCAGAAGCCCUGGAGCCUGAGCUGCUUGCGUCCAGCACCCCCACUCAGGCCCUCAGCUGCUCUCUGCUAUAAAGAGGACCUCAGUAAAAGCCCCAAGACUAUGAAAAAGCUGCUGCCCAAGAGGAAGCCAGAGAGGAAGCCGUCCGAUGAGGAGUUUGCACUGAGGAAGAGUACUGUAGCUUUGGAGGAAGAUGCUCAGAUCCUGAAAGUAAUCGAGGCCUACUGCACGAGUGCCAAAACCAGACAGACUCUGAACUCAACAUGGCAAGGCACUGAUCUCAUGCAUAACCACGUUUUGGAUCAAUCCAGUGUGGACUCUCUGGGCCGCCGUAGCAGCAUCUCAAGGCCCGAGACCACCUCGGACCUCUCAGAGGACUCUGACUAUGACAGUAUAUGGACGGCCCACAGUUACAGGAUGGGCUCUGUUUCCCGACAGUGGAAAGAUGCCAGCCCAGCGCUGAUAGUUCCCGGGGAGGAGAAGUUCAGUGUAGACAAGUUGAAGAGUAAUGGUCAGACUCUACCGGAGGAGAAGAGCCUUGUGGAUGUUGUUUAUGCUCUGAGAGAUGAGGUACAAGAACUUAAAAAGGACUAUAAAAAAAUGAAGAAAUCCCUGGAGGAAGAACAGAGAGCCCGGAAAGAUCUGGAGAGGAUAGUUAGAAAAAUGUUAAAGAAUAUAAACGAUUCUUCUUGGGAUGAGACCAAUUUAUGAUAACAAUGUUGCCCAUUAUUGGUUUUCGUUUUUUUACAUGAAUGGUUGAAAUGACCUGGAUGUUCGACCAGAACGUUCAAAUUAUCCUGUUUUCUUACAUUGAAACCACUUUUGAUGUUUGUGGGUAUGGGUCUGUAGUUUAACAUGAUGUUACAUAUUUGAACUCAUGUGACUCAUUCUGAUGUUCAAACUCUAAAAUAUGGUCUUUUUAGCGCAUCUACACAAAGCUGAUUUUUAUUUUUAUUUGGCUUAUGAAAUUGAUGAAAUUUAAAACCACUAUUUUUUUAACUGAACAAUCAUGAUGUGACUUGUUUGCUUGAAGCCGUAGCUAAAUCUCGUUGGGUGGCAUGAGUGUGACCUGUGAAUUUCCCUGAUGAGUUCGUCUUUCACCUGAUGUUAAGGUGUUGAGACAGACAGUACCUCAGUCUACACAUCCCGCUAAUGUUUGAGAUAUUGAGAGUCCUGUUUUUCCUAUAUCACCUUUGUCAUUACAAAGGUUCAAGAGAUCAGCAUAUUUUACUGUUAGGUUUUAUCUUUAAAUACAUUUUAUUCAGAUGCUCUCUGAUUUAUGAUGUUGAAUCUGUGACUAUUUCCAUGAUGUGGUACAGAGAACUUUUUCAUUCCAUUUAAUCAUUGUUUACAAAUGACUCAAAUGUUGAUACCUAAUCGUUAAAUCAACCGAGUGAGUGUGUACAAGCAUAGCAGAUGUCACGCUGUGUUGAAUGCGGGACAUGGUGCUUAUGCUUGUAUGCCAGCAUGUUUAGUACAUGUUUCAGGUGCCAUUAUAAUUCAAGCUGUGACCGUUUCAAUAUUAUGAUUCCCAGGAUAAUUUUUUAGUUAUGUCUGUAUACAUUUCAGUGUCACUUGCUUAGUGUGACCAAAACACAAGCCAAACUCUUUAUUUAUGGACUUUACUGUAUGUGACUUAUUACUGUACUUGACAUUUAUUCUUAUAGCUCUUACACAACACUAAUAGAAUAGCCUUGUCAGAAUUCAUGUUGGAUAUUUAUUUAGGGUUCUUUACCUCGGCUCCAUCUUACUGUAAAUUAAUUCUGUAAAUAAAGACAGUUGUUUAUUUGCUUCUCUACUCCAUUGA